UCGCAAAGACCAGCCAUGGAAAGUAAAGGUAAUGGCCAACUUCAUGUAUUCUUCUUUCCCUUUAUGGCUCAAGGCCAUAUUAGACCUACCAUUAAUCUGGCCAAGCUGUUUGCUUCCAAAGGGUCGAAAGCCACCAUUAUCACCACAUCUUACUUCACGUCCUUCUUGUCAAAGUCUAUCGAAAAAGCCAAAGAAUCUGGUGCCCAGAUCGACAUUCUCGACAUCAGAGUUCCCACCGAGGAGGUGGGAUUGCCCGAUGGAAUUAAUAGCGUUCACCUGACUAGUACCGAAGAUAUGCAGGAAAAGUUUUUCAAAGCUUGCGGCAAGCUUGGGCCACAACUACACCAAAUCUUAGAACAACAUCGUCCCGACUGUCUGGUGGCCAAUAUGUUCUUUCCUUGGGCCCCGGAUGUUGCUGCGAAGUUUGGCAUUCCAACACUCAUCUUCCAUGGAACUUCUUAUUUCGCUUUGUGUGCUCAGUCAAGCAUUUUUUUACAUGCGCCUCAUAAGAAGGUCUUGUCCGAUUCCGAACCCUUCUUUAUUCCCAAUUUCCCAGACCCGAUCGAGAUUACCCGAGACAAAAUAGCGGACUAUGUGAAACACGAAGAUGGGAGUCACUUUUCGAAGCUGUUUAAAUCGAUAAGAGAGGCGGAGCUCAAAACUUAUGGGAUUCUCGUUAAUAGCGUCUAUGAGCUAGAACCAGCCUAUGCUGAUCAUUACCCAAAGCUCUUGGGAGGAAAGGCUUGGCAUGUAGGCCCUCUAUUCUUAUAUGGUCAAUAUUGUAAUUCUGAAGAGCACACCUGUUUGAAGUGGCUCGAUACCAAGAGACCCAAUUCGGUUCUUUAUGUUAGUUUUGGAAGCAUAGCGAGUUUCAACGACGAGCAGCUUAUGGAGAUCGCAACAGGGCUGGAAGCCUCAGGGCAGCAGUUCAUUUGGGUGGUGAAGAAGGAAAAGAAAGAAGAGUGGCUUCCAGAAGGGUUUGAGGAGAGAAUGGAAGGAAAGGGAUUGAUAAUAGAAGGAUGGGCACCCCAAAUUCCGAUCCUCGAGCACAAAGCAACCGGAGGAUUCGUGACUCACUGUGGUUGGAACUCGACUUUGGAAAGCAUCUGUGCUGGGGUUCCGAUGGUGACUUGGCCUGUAUCGGCAGAGCAAUUUUAUAACGAGAAGUUAAUUUGUGAUAUACUGAGAAUUGGGUUUGAAGCUGGAGCUAAGAAGUGGAAAGUACUGGUGGGUGACUUCGUGAAGAGGGAGGCCAUAGAGAGAGCGGUAACUCGGAUUAUGGAGGGAGAUGAAGCAGCGGAAAUGAGAAGCAGAGUGAAGGAACUUGCAGACAAGGCAAAGAGUGCUAUCAAGGAAGGAGGGUCAUCUGUGUUAGAUUUAAAUGCUUUGUUUGAUGAUUUGAGGUCAGCCCGAAUCGACAAUGGUUCAAGUUCAACUUAGAAGAAUCUGUCAAUACAACUUUCUAAACAUCCUGAACGAUAUGUUAAGUUCUGGACUUUAAUUAAUAGAAAAGAAAGACCAAUAGGACCCAGAUAUGGUUUUGACUUCAUGAAGUAAGCAGGGAGUAUUUUCAUCCCUUAAUUUUAUUUUCUUUAGCUCAUUGUCUUGGUGUUACGGUAAAAAUCGACCAACGAACAUCAGGUGGUACUUUUCAUAUUUCUGAAAGACUUUCAGUAAAGUUAGAUCUUUCGAAAUCUCUUAACAUACAAUUAUGAUGGAAUGGGUUUGGUUUUUUGUACUUUUGUCCCCAUUACGACGGCAAAACAAGUUUCUUG